GAAGAAGAGGUAAGCCACUGAAACCGGAAAUGUCAACCGAGUGACUUCGAAGCGAAGUAGACUGCAUUAUUUCUCCAAUUUACAUUACAUGAUGGAUUGCUAAUUUGAAUGAAGAAACAGUGAUAAUAAACCAUCAACGACCAAACUGCCAACAUGACAAAUGUGUACUCCCUCGAUGGUAUCCUGGUGUUUGGGCUGAUGCUCAUCUGCACUUGUGCAUACCUCAAAAAGGUGCCUCGCAUCAACAGCUGGCUGCUGUCAGAGAAGAAAGGAGUUUGGGGCGUCUUCUACAAAGCUGCGAUAAUCGGGACACGGCUGCAUAUUGCUGUGGCGAUUUCCUGUUUGACCAUGGCCUUCUACAUUGUCUUCUUGAAAUGAUAGAGUCUGACUGGACUGGAAAGGACACAGACAGGUGCAGGCUGGGGAUGGACUCAACACUGUGGCCAUGUGCUAAUCCCUGUUGUGGGACAUCUCUUGAAUUACAUGGCCAUGAAACCCCAUUGGCCCUGUUGACCCCAAGGGAAAGACUAGCUAGUGCCGCCCCCUUCUGGUGACUGGGUACAUAACCGCUUCCUUGAUAAUGUGUGUGCACUACAGACAUGAUGGGCAUCCGGAAUCUACUCCACAGUUAUCACAGAGGAGAAAGAGCCAGUUGGGUCCCUUUGUAUCAUUCAUUGUUGGGUAACACUGUUGGUUGUCUCCAUCCACACCCCAUGAAUAUUUAUAUUGAAGGAUGCAGAAGAUUGAAGGGCAGUGUGUGCAUUAUAUGUUAUACAUGUAUACAACAUAAAAUGGGUCUAGCUGUAUAUACUUGGAAAAAGAUAUGACCAAUAGAGAUUUGCCAGAGAACUAAACACGAUCUAUUGUGCUUGCUCCCAGCUGUGCUGUUUUAUUUUCUGUAUCACCUCUUGUGUCAAGGGUGGAGGGGAACAUAAACAAAGCUAAUAUAUAAAGAUGUUCUUGGGUACACAUUAUAUUUUAGUUUCUUAAUUUCCUUUUCCUUUAUUUUAAUUUUUUUCAGAACAGUGCUGGCAUCUCUUAAGCUUUGUUUUUGGUUUGAAAUACACAUUUUGCACAGGUGUAUGUUAUAUUUACUUUAACCUAUCAAUAGAUAACAUUUUGUCAAAUGAAACUAAGAUAUGUAGGAGUCCAAGUUCUAACACAACUGUAGAGUAUCACAGAUAGAAGCAUAACUUUGAAAGAGGCAUAUAAUAACAUUUAUGAAAUUGGAAAGUUAAAUCAGACUUAAUAGAAGAUCUGAAUGGAGAUGGUGCUUUUUGUACCCUUUUAAUUACAUGCUUUUAUUCUGAGUUUAAUUCUGCCACCUUAUUUCAUAUUUUUAAAAGAAGAAACUGUUUUUGGAGGGGAAGCAAUGCAAUUUUGAGUAAAACAAUAAUCUGAUCA